AUGAAAAGAAAUUUAACUGAGAAUCCACCAACUAUAAAUCUAAUAAAUUCAGAAGGACAAUAUGAUAAUCAAGAUUUUGAAGAAAAUCAUAUUUUACCAGAUAGAUCAACAACACCUAUAAAUCCUUUUGAAGAAUCAUCAAAUCAUAAUGUACAUUAUUCUCCACAACAACUGAGUUCUGAUUCAGAUUCAUAUUAUAACAGACAGAGAUUAGAAUCUCAAAGUAAUAAUCAAACACUAAGCCAUAGCAGUUCAUUCGUAUUCAAUGAUCAAAAUCGAAGUCAAUAUGUACCAUCAACUCAAGAUUCACAAUCUAUGUACUCACAUUCACCAGUAAUGCCAACAAAUCAUUCGUUUCAACCACUAAUACAAAAUGAUUAUAAUAGAGUUAACAAUCCAAUAUAUUCACCAUCAUUAAAUCAGCAUCAUCAACAACAAGGUAAAUUUUUAAAACUAUCACAACCACAUGAUUUUGCAUCAUCAUCAUCAUCAUCAACAAUCCCACCAUUUGAUAGAUAUCCAAAACAAUUUUAUAUUAAUUCAUCAAAUCAACAAUCAACAUCAAGUUUAUUAAAUCAUGAAAAUAAUUCUUUUAAUUCAAAUUCUUCUCCACAAAAUACUUCCAUAUUGAAUAAUUAUGAAGAUUUUUCACCUUUUGGUGGGUAUCCAGAAUCACAAUUUCCUUUAAGUAUAGAUGAAAAAGAACCUGAUGAUUAUUUACAUAAUCCUGAUCCAGUUUUAGAUUCUGAAUAUAAUAAAAAUAGAUUUAUUCAUGACCUCAAAAAUAUGGAUAGUAGAUCAUUUAGUGGAUUAUUAGCUUUUAUUGCAUUAUCCAUAACAGCAAUGUGUGUAUUUAUAUUAUUACCAGUUUUAACAUUUACUGGAAUGUCAAAUACUACUGGACCUCCACAAACAUAUGAAGUAUUAACUGAUUAUUCAUAUCCUAUGUUAAGUGCAAUAAGACAAGAUUUAGUUGAUCCAGAUACUCCUGUAAGUGCACUUACAAAUAUUGGUCAAGAUGGUAAAACUUGGAAAUUAGUAUUUAGUGAUGAGUUUAAUGCUGAAGGUAGAACUUUUUAUGAUGGUGAUGAUCAAUUUUUCACAGCUCCUGAUUUUCAUUAUGCUGCUACACAAGAUUUAGAAUGGUAUGAUCCUGAUGCUGUAACUACUGCUAAUGGUACUUUAGUUUUACAAUUGGAUACUUUUCAAAAUCAUGGAUUAUAUUAUAGAUCUGGGAUGGUUCAAAGUUGGAAUAAAAUGUGUUUUACUCAAGGUAAAUUAGAAUUUUCGGCAAUGUUACCUGGUUAUGGAAAUAUUUCUGGUUUAUGGCCUGGUUUAUGGUCAAUGGGAAAUUUAGGUCGUCCUGGAUAUUUAGCAUCAACGGAGGGAGUUUGGCCAUAUACUUAUGAUACUUGUGAUGCAGGUAUUACACCAAAUCAAUCAUCUCCUGAUGGAAUCUCGUAUUUACCAGGUCAAAGAUUAAAUUCAUGUACUUGUCCAGGAGAGUCACAUCCAAACCCUGGUGUUGGUAGAGGAGCACCAGAAAUUGAUGCAUUAGAAGGUGAAAUUCAUGGAGUAGUUGGUAGAGUAUCACAAUCAUUACAAAUUGCCCCAUAUGAUAUUUGGUAUAUGCCAGAUUAUAAUUUUAUUGAAAUUUAUAAUGCAUCAGUCACUUUAAUGAAUACUUAUGCAGGUGGACCUUUUCAACAAGCUGUUUCUGGAGUAACUAUGUUAAAUCAAACAUGGUAUCAAUUUGGAGAUGUUGAACAUAAUUUUCAAAAAUUCGGUUACGAAUAUUUAAAUAAUGAUGACACUGGAUAUAUAACUUGGUUUGUUGGUGAUAAUCCAACUUUUACAAUGAAAUCUCAAACAUUACAUCCUAAUGGUAAUAUAGGAUGGAGACAAAUUCCCAAAGAACCAAUAAGUAUAAUUAUGAAUUUAGGUAUAUCAAACAGUUGGGCAUAUAUUGAUUGGCCAUCAUUAGUAUUUCCAAGUACUAUGAGAGUAGAUUAUGUUCGAGUUUAUCAACCUGAAGAUGAAAUAAAUAUGAGUUGUGAUCCUGAUAAUUUUCCCACAGCUAAUUAUAUUGAACAACAUAAAAAUAUUUAUUAUAAUAUGAAUUUAACAACUUUUGAAAUGGGUGGUUAUACUUUUCCAAAAAAUAAAUUAACUGGGUGUAAGUAG